AUGCCUAUAAUUAAUAUCAAAAUCGAACUUAACAAAGAUCUCUCCCUUGUUACAUCGGCGAACGGCGAGAACAACCUCCGAAGAGCUGGUCAAGACGACCUGAAAUCCCUCCCUGGCCAAGCUCGAACUUCCCUCGAUAACGAUCCUCUUAAAAAAUACCUCAAAGAAGCGCUCCUAGCUCCGAAUCUCGACAAGAUGGCUCCAUAUCUUUGGCUAGCUUUCACUCCAGACCAUGCCCACAUCUCCCCGCUCCACUUGCAAGCCGCUCGAGGCCGCAGCGUUAUCGUUGCCGAAAAUGUCUACCUCCACCUUGUAUGGUAUUAUGAUCGCAUAUUCAUCAAACCUCUCCCGGCAUACCUCCUCUCAUCAGCCUUCUGGGAAUACAUCGAGGAAACAGACAUAGAGAUCUGGCAAGGCGCGGCUGGCUUCAUGCGAACAUAUGCCUACCUCAUAAAAUACGAAAUCGACUUUCGGAAAGCCCAGAGUACGGAGCUGGGACUUAUACCAACUAAUGACGGCAAAAAUCUCAUCACAUACGAGCGAUUUGCAGCAUUCAUCGCUCCGUUCGCCGAGCUUGAUGACGAUAGAGUCAGGCCCCGGUACCAUUAUGGAGAGAUGCGUUUGACCCGCUUGAACUGGUUUGCGCGCUUUAUGCUUAGGAGAUUGACCUAUUAUCACAUCCAUGCUCAAUGGAAUGAGUAUCUUGGCAGGUUCCUAGCACCAUUCCUAACUGCAUUCGUACUCCUCUCCACAGCGCUCAGCGCCAUGCAAGUAGAACUCGCCGUACAAAAUGCCCCUCAAGGUUCUGGGAAUUGGGUCGUGUUUUCUCAGAUGUGCCGUUGGGUCUCUAUCAUCAUUCUUGUUCUUGUCCUCGUGAUUUCUACCCUCUUAAUAUUUCUCGUGCUAUUUAUGUUUAUACACGAUCAAAUCUUUGCACAGAAGGUUUUGCGUGACAAAAGAUCUAAAUAUAAAAAGUUGGAGACUAGUUUAAAAUCUGGCGUGGUUUAA